AUGAGUUCCGAGCUCAGCUUGGACCUUUCAAACCAAGUCAAAUCCGAUCCCCAUUCUUCAAAAAGUCAUCCUUCAAAGAUUACUACAAAUCAGCUAGAGUACAUUAAGAAGGACGUUGUUGGUCGGCUUCUAAAGGAGAAGAUCGUUUGGCCUUUCACCAGGCCUGUCGACCAUGAGAGACUCAAUUUACCGGAUUAUCCAAGGAUUGUAAAACAUCCCAUGGACCUCGGUACCAUAAAGCAACGUCUUAAUCUUAAGUUCUAUCGUUCGUCCUCUGAGUGCAUUGAUGAUUUGUUCACUAUGUUCCGGAAUUGCUACAUAUUUAACAAACCCGGUGACGACGUUGUUGCGAUGGCUAUGAAAUUAGAACAGAUAGCAAGAGAACGCUUGCAAUGCAUGCCCUCUCCUGAAACUGAGAUUUUGCUUCAGAAAACCUCAAAAUCAGCAAAACCGGCCCAUCCACAACUUCCACCGGCUCAAGAACUUUCCUCGCAACCCUCUGUGAACCAUGUAGAAAGUUUGAAUGGCACGUCGCUUUCUGAAUCCGGCGCUCCUGCUGUUCGAUCAGCUACUUCUAGCUCCGGAAAGAAGGCUUCGAAGAAAAAGAUGGAUGCCAAUGAAGACUUACCCCAGACUCCUCUUUCGGUGGAUGACCCUUCUCGUGAUCGUCGCCAAGUCAAAAAGCCGAAACGUGAAUAUGAGGAGCGUAAUAUCGGGAAACGUCUCCGACUAUCUGAAGCUUUGAAAGCUUGCAGCAACAUUCUGAGGGAAAUUUCGUCUCAACGCUAUAGGGAUUUAAAUCAUCUGUUUCUGAAACCAGUCGACGCCGAAGCCAUGGGUCUCCAUGACUACCAUGAUGUAAUAAAGAAAGCAAUGGACCUCAGCACCGUGAGAUCAAAGUUGGAAUCUGGUCAGUAUCAUUCCAAGUAUGAAUUUGCGGAUGAUAUACGGCUCAUGUUCAACAACUGUUACAAGUAUAAUGGAGAAGAUAGCGAUGUCACCAAAGUCGGCAAACUUCUUCAGUCAAUUUUUGAAGAGAGCUUUGCCAAAGUACCCGAUGACGAGUCCGAUACAGCUCCGUCCCCUGAUCGUCCUGUCGAUCAAAAUUUUUAUCUGCUGAUACAAAACGCAAUCAAAGAGCAUCAGAGGCUGACUGCCCAAUUUCAGAGGUGCAACGAAGAAUUGCAGCGAAGUGCUGCAAAUUUAAAUUCUAUAUUGAGCUCAUUGAAUGCGCAAACUAAGAAAGCAUCAAACAUUCUUCAUACUCCCCAGGUUAAUUCCAUCCCUUCCAAUCUACCCACGACGUCACGUCACGUGUUCAGCGAUUCAUACGAGGAGCCCACCCCAUCCAGGAAAAGUCGGCAGUCGCAGUCGAAAUCGAAGUACCGUCAGCCGCCUCCCCCAACUCCUGCUUCUCUUCCUAACGUCCCGAACCCCAGUGUACUGCAUCCACAGCCUGUCGCACCUGGUUACGUAACGGAUGAAGAGAUGUCCGAGAAUAAUGUUCGACCGAUGACCUACGACGAGAAACGCCAGUUAAGUUUGGAUAUAAAUAAACUCCCGGGUGAGAAAUUGGGUCGGGUUGUCCAAAUCAUUCAGCAGCGUGAACCCUCCCAUAGAGAUUGUAAUCCAGAUGAAAUCGAAAUUGAUUUUGAAACAUUGCAACACACUACGUUGCGGGAAUUGGAGAAAUAUGUGAAGUCCGUUCUGCAGAAAACCAAAUCUGGGAAUCGUAAGUACGUGAAGAAGGCUACAAGCGGGGCUACUCCCGGAAAAAGCCGUGAAGAAUGCAUGAAAGAGAAAACGGAGGAGAUAGAGAGUCGGUUGCGGGAGAUUAGCGGCUUACCAUCGAACGCCACUGGGUACCACAAUGCUCACCCUCCCAAGAAACAGCAUGGAUCAAAUAGAUUGAGUGCCUCCUCGUCAAGUUCCAGUGAAUCCGAAAGUACCUCGGGUUCCAGUGAAUCUGAUUCUUCCGAUUCAAAAUCCGAUAAACCCGUCGUUACCCCGGAUACUACAGGCGCACAUUCCGAUCCGAAAACUUCAUCUUUACGCGCCGAUGAUUCACUCGCCCACUUGACAGGCAUUCCUAAAACAGAAGAAGAUAUCUCAUCAAAAAGCAAGCAGCUAGGUGAAGGGAACAUUUACAACCCGCGAAUUGUGUCUUCGUGCGCUGAUUCCACUAAUGAUAAGGCCAUUGUUGCUCGAGGUGACGACUCCUCUGACACGGAAUCGGAUUCCGUUCCUGAAUGUGCGUUACCCCAACCCGUAUGGGCCACAUCAGCGUAUUCUAAAAAGCACUCCCAGGCAGCUGAUCCACUGCAGUCUGCAACAAAAUUUAACACUGUAUCAGUUUCUUCAGUUAGGGUAUCGGAAACAUUUUCAGUUGCAUCCGACCCGAAGCCAAUUGCCACGGUCACCUCAGGGGAAAUGGGCGACAAUAGAGGGCAUUGUAUUUCUCGGGAUCAUCCUACGAAAUUAGGGAAAGAAUUCGAGGAAAAACAGGCUGCUGCCUUACAGAUAAUGCGAGAGGCUCGUCGUCAGUCUGAAUGGAGCUCACGAGCGGCCGAAGAACGAGCUAACAAAGAACGCGAAGAGGCCGAACGUCGCCGUCAGGAGGCUGAGUUGGCACGCGAAGCUGAGCGCAAACGUGAAGAGGAAAUCAGGCGUGCUGAAGAGGAGCGUCGUUCAUUGAUCGAAACUCGGAGACGGGAAGAUAGAGCCAAAAGGAAGGCGAUGGUUGGCGCCCCGGAGCGUAUCAAUGCCCACGAACUCCUAAGCGAAUUCGAAAACUCAGUUGAUGUAUCAUAUAUCGACGCAUGUUUUGCGAUGCGCCAUUGUUGAC